CUACUGGGCUUCUACCGCGGCGUGUUGUCCCCUCUGAUGCCCUCCACUUGCCGCUUCCUGCCCUCCUGCUCCGUCUACUCCAUAGAGAGCUAUAAGAAGUUCGGAGUGACCCGUGGGUCGGUGCUGACCGCCUGGAGGCUGCUGAGGUGCAACCCCUGGGGUGGCCGUGGGUACGACCCCCCCGCCUGG